GGCGCCGCGCGGUGCGCGCUGGGAGCUGUAGUUCUCCCGCCGGCGGUCCCGUGCGGAGCCGCCAUGCCGGAGGGGACGGGAGCGCUCCGGGAGGUGCUGCCCAAGCAAGGGCAGUUGUCGGUAGAGGACGCGGCCACCAUGGUGCUGUGCAAGCCCAAGAUCCUGCCGCUCAAGUCGGUGUCGCUGGAGAAGCUGGAGAAGCUGCAGCGGGCGGCGCUGGAGGCCGCUCCCGCGAUCGAGGAUUCUGCUGACAUCACACUAGCAGACAGUUCAGGUGUCUGUGUACUGAAGGGAGAGCAACAGAAGCUCCUGUCCCAGGCCAGCAGAGUCAGCUGUGCCACAGCAGCUUCCCCUGCAAGUGGCGCUUGGGUCCCUGUCAGCAAGUCCCUGCCUUGUUCCCUCUUCCUCAGUGACUGUGUGACCAGACAGGUGACACCAUGUACGAACCAGAGAAAAGGCAUUGUCAGAAUAUUUGUGAGCAAUGACGUUCCCCAAGGGAAAAAAACAGUCACACAGCAACUACCUCUUUUAUCACCUGUCCUGCAGAGUUCCAGCACACCAGAUCUCCCUGCUAUCAUUCAGUUCCCUACUCUGCACAGACUACAGAAGCAACAUUUGGAGCAACACUACAGAUCUGAACAAAGAAAUCUGAACAAAGACUUAGUUUUCCAACUAACGUUUAAUGGAAAGAAACUUUCCAUGAUCAAGAAAUAACAGCAGAAGUCAAAACCCCUAUAAUUCCAUCACACCAGCCUCUGUUAACAGAAGUUACACGGAAUAUUCAUUCUUCAUUAAACUUUCUUCUAUGUGCUUCUUUUUUAAUGACUAUCUCUAUUAAUGUAAAAUAUUGGAUUAUAGGGAAAAUUGAUCCUGGAAGAAGGUUUUGAUAUUCCCACAAACCACUCUUUCCGCAGCUAUGGCUACAGCAAAUAGUCUCUACUCAAAGGAUGCCACCAUUGUUCUGCUUAUGUCACACAGAACUUACAAUUAUAUUGAUCUCAGGGACUUUAACAGUGUGUUUGUAAUCAGUGUUUCCCUUUUAAUGUUACAAAGCCUCCUUUGCCCAAUGAGCUUUACUUUCUUCCCCUUGCCCCAAUAAUAUGGCUGCAAGAUACAACCUUCCAUAACAUAUUCCAAAUAAAUACAUGUCAGCGUUUAUUUUUUGUUAGUGUUUGAAGAGUUUAUACCAAAUAGAUACAAGACACUGGGAGGGUUGGGAAUACAGGGACAAGAAAUAAAUCCAUAGAGGAUACUGUCCCCCACUUAACUCUCAACUUGAGCAAGUCUGUGUUGCAUUUUUAACACGGUGCCUGUGCGCAACACAGAGCAGCACUGCAACAUCCACCUCCAUGGGAACCAGCACUGGAACCACCCAGGAAAGGAGCACUGCUUAGUCAGGCACAUAAACACAGCUCAGAGGGUAAGAUUUGUGAGUAUUACACUGUGACACUUCUACACCAGCUGACUUUAACUAGCCAAUAAUCCAUUUUUUAACAUAAAACCGAGCAUUUAGUGCAGCCAGGCUGACAUUCACAUAACUCAUAAGGUCAAGCUUCCAUUAAUAUAA